AUGGCCAUCCAAAUUCCCAUCGACGCGAUUACCUCGCGUUUCGGCGACCGCUUCAACAGCAUCCGCAGCCAGUCCGUGAGCAGCCGCUUCGCCAACCUGCGCCCGGUCUCCGAAUUCCUCGACCUCAAGCGCCUGUCCAAACCCGCCAACUUUGGUGAAGUCCAAAGCCGCGUCAACUACAACCUCGGCUACUUCUCCAGCAACUAUGCCGUCGUCUUUGUCAUGCUCAGCAUCUACAGCCUGCUGACCAACUGGACCCUCAUGUUCCUGAUUAUCUUUGUCAGCGCUAGUCUCUAUGGAAUUGGCAAGCUCAACGGCCGUGACCUAGACCUGGGCUUCCGCCGCUUCAACACCUCGCAGCUGUACACGGCCCUGCUCUGCGUCGCUCUGCCCAUGGGCUUCUUGGCGUCUCCUUUCACGACCAUCCUGUGGCUGAUUGGCGCCACCGGUGUGACCGUCUUUGGCCAUGCCGCGAUGAUGGACAAACCGAUCGAGAAUGCUUUUUCCGAGGAGGCGGUCUAG